AGUGAAGAGAGUUGUACCCCUGAAAAUAUUUCCCCAUCUUUGGCUAAAAUAAUAGGGACAGACUAACUGUUAAAUAUUCAUUUCACUAGAGUUUCUGCUGUAGUGGAUAUAGUAGCCUUUUCAUUUUAUUCCCUUCUCCAGGUGCUUGUGAAAGAGCCUGUUAUGUUAACUACUAUAGCUUACCAUUAACUUUUUCCAUUAAUAAUACUGUUUAAAUUAACUUUAAAAUGAGAUUUUAAGUGUGCAGCUAAUGGAUUGUAUUUGAAUGGGGUUCUCUGUGGUUUAAACGGUUUAGGCAGAAAAAUAUUAGUUAGCCAGAUAACAUUAAAAUCACCCCUGAAUUUGUAACUUGUAGAAGGACCGUCAUUUUUCAUUUAAGGUGUAAAUGUUAUUUGGUAAAACCUGAAUGGGGUUUUCUCCAUUUAAACGCUUUAAACAAUGUAGGGGAAAAAAUACUAAAAUACCUUAAAAUGUAGAAAUUAAAAAAUAUGUACAUAUAUUGUGAUGAAUCACUUAAAAAGUUUAGGGUCAACUGAUUAAGCAAUAACCUCUUUAAAUAGCAUGCGUUAAAGAAUUACCCUUUGCCCAUCUAAAUAAACCACCUUACAGCAACAUAGGGCUGUAUGUGGGAGUUAUACGUUUUCUAGCAGAGUAUUCGCAGCAGAUGUCAUGUAAAUCCUCCAGCAGUCAGUCUGGUGUCUUCUGGCUCCUUUGACAGGACUCGGGUUUCAGACGCAGGAGUUAAUCAACUCACUCUCUUAAUAAUUCAGUACAGACGGCUGGGCUUUUUGCCGAAAUCCCUUCUGCGUUUCACAGCCCUCAUUUCGCACCUACCUUUUUCCCUUUACCGGUGUCCUUAAUUAGACCAGGUGUAGAGUUGCACGUAGACACGGAGGUGAGGAGCCUGCAGCCUCUGUGAGCAGAGUGGCAUGUAAGAGGGAGCAUCACCUCGGCCUGCUGGGCAAAGAUUACGUCUGAAGGAUGAGCGACAGCUUGUUGAAUGCUUUAUUUCUGUGAAGUCUGACUCGGUAUAGUUAACCAAUAUGAAGCCUGUUCUCAGUCCGGUUCUUUUACCUCAGCUGAAUAUCUGGACUACAUCAACAGGAUAAAACAAAGUGGAUUUUUGUUUUAUUAUUACCCGAAGUGCUUGCAUUUGAUUGAGGACACUUACAAUGUGGUCUACACCAGCUGCUUGCAUGGUGUGCAUCCUAUUUGGGAUCAUAUGUGAAGUCAAGCAAGUGUAUUCACAGCCCAAAUUAAUCAAAAGAAAGACUGACCAGACUCCUGACGAGGCCACCAAGUUAGAGGAAAACAUCCAGAAAGUUAUUAACCAAAUCCACUCUUUGUCCGGUGAAAAUGAAAAUAUCCGUAGCUUCAGCUUCUCAACCCCAGGACAGGGUUUUGACUUAAAUGCAUAUUACAGUACUCUGACUAACUUGUUUGCUGCCUUUCAACCACUGCUGAGAAACAGAUUCAUAGAUGACUUUCCCAAAACUUUAGUUUGUAUUCUGUCUGGGAGACAGGACUGUGGAUUGGAGGCAGAACUAACAAAGACCGUGUCACUGGAGUUGGGAAAGCCACUACUGACGUUCGUGUCAUCUCUAAGAUCCCAGACAUGCACUCCACUGAACAGUGAUGGAGAGUCAAACAGCUUCCUGAGGACCUACCUCAGCAUCGGGCAAUCAAUGACAGCAGCAUUAAAUGGUUUUCAGCAGACAUUUGUAAAUACACUGUCGAGUCUCCCUCUUUCUGGGAAUUUGAUCAGUGCUGUGAGUGGCCUUGUGGAUGCAGCUGUAAUAUAUGUCUCAAAGUUUAUGGCAACGUUACUCCAAGCACCAAUGGACUAUAUCAAAAUAGCUUUACAGUUUGGAAUUAGAAUACCGUCUUUAGACGGAAAAGAGACCUGUGAACAAGGAGAUCUCAAGCAGCUCAUUAUGUGGGGAAUAAACCACAAUGUGAGCUGGUCCUUUGGUAACUCCAUCAUUGACAUACUACUGGAAAUCUUCCUGGCUCCAGAACAGUCCCUGUGCACAUAUCCAGGGCCAAAGUGCCAGAAUCCUCCCAGCGUCCCCUUCCAGCGCAGUGUCUCAGAGGCAAAAGACGACACUGAUAACAACCACGACAUCCUGCUAAGGUGUGAUCGCCACAAUCUGGCCAGGCUCAAUGACACACUGUGUGCUGACAUCCUCACGGCUUCAAGAGCGGGAUCCUCUACGUCUGUGCUCACCUUUUGCCAGGCGCUAAGCUCCCUCAGCCCUAACCAGAUAGAACAGGUGUGGAACAACAUGUGUUAUGUCAUUCAAGCACUGGUGUCUCCGUUCCUCAGUAGGUCAUCUGACUGCAGUUUUGGGGACAUACAGCCUUCCCCUGCCGUCACCCCUCCCUCUGAGAGUCUUCCGCUCCCUCACUCUGCACCUCCUCAAGUAGCCAGAGAAGCCUCCAACCUCAAACAGCUAGCCUGUAACUACAACAGCUGGUUAGGUAACAAGGUAGACGCUGUCCUCGUGUCGCUGUGCAGCGAUAACGAACGUGAGGAGUUUGUGAAGCAGGUGUGUAACAAUGCUUUGUUGAUGAGGGAGCUGCUCUCAGAUCAGAUGAACAGAUGGCUGUAUGGAUAUUGUGCAAACUCCUCUGCAGAUCCUGGGUACAUGGUGAGUCAGUUCUGCAUCUAUGAGCAGUGGAUCAAGCAGUCCUCAAUCCCGGCGGACCCCUCCUUAUUGGAGUUCUGCAUGAGCCUGGACAGUCCCAGACUGACCAAACUUAUCUGUGAGCACAUUGGAUUCUUCAUGCUUUUAUUCUCCAACCCUGAAAAUGGGCGCUUCAUGCCUAACUGCACAAACCUGCCCCCUCCACCACCAUUCCCUGACAUGGGUUCAUUAAUAUUAGAUUCUUGUCGUUACUCUGAGUGGCAUGAUGUGAUGCAAAUUACCAUCGACGUUUUGUCACUGUGCAUCCGCCUGGAUCAAAGCGGUUUUACUAAAGAGGUUUGUUCCAACAAAACUUUUCUAAAUAGCCUGCUGCGUAAUAAGGCAAAUACCUGGCUUGAGAUUCACUGCAACACCUCUCUUAGCCUUCUACCGCCUGAACCGACCCAGUCCUUCAACAUCGCAGGCUGGUGUGACUACCACACAUGGGGAGAACGGCACGUGGACGAUUCAGUGGUUGGUCUCUGCUGGCAGCAUGAUCAGCUUGCUUUUGAGAAGAAUGUCUGCUGCAAAGUGUCUCUGUUUGAAAAGCUGUUACAAAACCCUCAGAACAAAUGGCUGAUUUCAGUCUGCACAGACAUAGAGGAAAUAGCGCUGUUACCACAGGUGUGCAAGUACUCAGAGUGGACCCGUCCCAUCAUCGUGGACAUGACUGAGCUAGCUCUCUGCGCUGAGAUCGACCCACUUAACUUCACCUCCAAAGUCUGCGCCAAUAAUACAGUACUCCAGAACCUGUUGGCCAAUCAGGACAACACCUGGUUACUGCAGCACUGUGCCAACCAUUCAAAUCCAGGGCUAUCUCCUGGUGGGGGACAUGGAGAAGGCCUGACUGGUUUCAACCCCACAGAGCAGUGCCAGUACUCCAGCUGGAGCAUAUCUCUUCCAGAUGCAGCACUCCUGACUCUCUGCUGGGAACGUGACCAGACCCAUUUUGUCUCCUCUAUCUGCCCCAACGCUGGUCUUCUCUUUUUGCUGUCCCGGGAACCGUCUAGUGUGUGGGUGGGAAGUAUGUGUAACACCUACACCAACUUCACCACUACAACCAGCACCAACAACAGCACUACUGCAGAGCCUAAUUUCUGCUUGGCCAGAAACCUGGUGAGGCAGUUUAACUGGACCUGCUCAGCUGUCCUCAACUCAGCCUGCCAGCCUGGGGCCAAUCAGAAUAUGGCCCUGCAGAUGUUGGUGCGCUGCUGGGUGGAGAGUCUGAGAUCCAGGGUGGAGGAUCUGCUGACUCCACCUGUGGCCACAGUGGUGGAGCAGGCAAUGAGCACCACGGUGGUGAUCCUGUUGGCCCUGGAGGAGGUCCAGAACACCUCGCUACAUGUCACUGAGAACAUAAGACUGAGUAUGUUAGCAUCCGUAGUUCGCUAUCUCGAGAGGGAAAACAACUUUGACAAAAAGAGGGUCUUGCUGCAGUGCUUUGGGAGAGUCUUAACCAGCUUGAUGCAGACAGCAAGAGACGUGACCAGUGAUGAAUUCUUCGUCAUUAAGGAGUAUUUCAGUAUACCGCUGAGCAGCCUGAGGUCAGUGCUCAGUGCAGCUCACAUCACCACCAUCAGACUGAUACUUCAGUACUAUAGCAGAAACAAGGAUGCGCUGCAGUUGCACGAUAAUUACCUGUCCACCAUGGUGUCAGUGCUGUUCCAGACACACCUGGUAAAAGAUGGUAGUCUCUUCUCUGAGCUGGCUCCCCUGCUGGCUGCUGCCAGCCUGGCUGACAUCAAGGCUCUGCCCUCACUGCAGAACAACAUCAAUGUGAGAGAGGCCAUUAACAGAAACUUGGGGAGCAUGACUCUGGACCAGCGGCGGGCUUUUGGCUUGUGGUACAGCAAAGUUAUGCCCCCCUCCAACAUCACCAGAGGUCAUCAGUCACUCAUCAGGGAUGCUGGAAACCUGAUCACCUACCUGCCCUUCCACAACUUCCAACACCUCUCUCCUGCUCAGCUGUUGGACGGGCUGGAUGUGUUGCAGAGAAACACCCUCACUUCUCUAAAGCAGGAAUUCAUCGCUCACAGCCUCAUCGGCACCUACAGAAACCUGACAGCUCAGGAUGUGACCAGGCUGGGUAAACUCUCAUGCCUGGCAGACCCAGAGGACCUCCUUGUGUACAAAGGCACUGAGGCCUUCAGUGUCAUUCGGGACAUCAUUAUGAACUGCACACGUGAGGGACUCAGUCUGCCCAGCCAUCUGAUUUCCAGUUUGUUACUCAACAGCACAGAAUUAAAGGUCCCCUCCACGCUCAGUUCUGAUCGACUGGCAGAGCUCUCCCACCUCCUGCCCUUGCUGGGUGUGCCUUUCCUGCAGGGUCUCACACCGUCGCAGCUGCUUGCUGUCUUUCCUGCCCUCGACUCUGUUUCAUUCAGCCCUGCACAGGCUUCCAUAAUUGUAGACAAGCUGUCUUCAAUUAUCACCCUGACCGCUCCAGGCCAGCUGCAGGAGCUCGGCUCCCUCAUUGUGGGAGUGAAGACGGAGACCUUGUUGACCCUCACCUCUGACAGGCUGCUGUCAUCCCUGCCCGCCAUGGCCCAACACACACAAGGCCUCAGCCCGCCUCAAGCCAAUGCUGUCUCCACCAAACUAUGGGGCUUCCCAGAAGUGGUCGGUUGGCUGGAUGAUGUGGAGCCUUUGCUCUCUUGCACGCCCCUGCUCAGUGUCCUGCCCAGGACUCGUCUGCUUGUGAACAACAUCACCACUGCAUCCACAAAACCCUGGAACACACAGCAGGCUAAAGCAAUUUUCAAAGAGGUGAUUGAUUCUAAACCAAACCUAAUCAACCUAGGAUUUCUGAGUCUGGGAACAGUGGGUCAGGGUGUGAGCUGCAAGGUCUUACAGGAGCGUUUUCGGGCUGAUUCCUCGCCUCCCUCAGUCAGAAGAAUCCUGGCUUUCCUCAGGCAGCAGCCCCGUCCUCUUCACACCUCACUGAAAAAGUGUGUGAUCGAGGAGCUGUAUCAGUUUGAGUUCUUCUCUGAACUGCUUAAAGAUCUUGGAGCUGAGAUUGCCCUGUCCAUGCCGGUGAGCACCGUUAAGAAGUUUCCUACAGAUAUGAUGGACGUUCUAAGGAAGAUGAUUAUUCAGGACCCUCAUCACUUUCUCUUGCUGUCUAGAACAAAACAGGAGCUGCUGGUGGACAAAAUAGUGCAGAGGAUGGGCAUGUACACAGGGGUGUUCACAGAGGAGGAGUUUCGUUCACUGGGUAUUAUGGCGCCGUUUGUGGUGGAUGAGGUUUUCAUUCAGCUGGACCGCAGCUUCUUCAUUGACAAUCUGGAUUUCCUCCAGGGACUCUGUUACAGCAGCAGCAAGAUAGACAUUGUGGCUCGUAUCCUGCAAGAACCUGCAGCCUUCGGCCCAAUGAAGAACUGGAACCAGACAACACUCAGUCAGGUGGAUCGGUUUCUCUUCUUCCUGCCUGACAACAAACUGCAGGAGAUUUCCCUGGCGUUGAUGACUGUGGGGCGUAUAGAGAAGCUAUUCAUGAGCCAGCGUCGGUGGGAGCGUGGGGAUGUGGGAAUCCACUGUGCAGAUGAGAACGAGAGGAGCAGAUUUUUUGAAAAGCAGCAGUUUGUUCUUCAGUUUUUCCUGGGCUUCCUCAAAAUAAAUCCUGUGUCACCGACUCCUAUGGUUCCUACCUGUGAGAUUCUGCGUACAACAGCUCCAUCUGCCUGGACCUCUAACAGUCUGACAAGCAUGUCUUCAUCGGCCUUCUCCAACUGUCUGGAGCUGAUGGGUCAUGACCCAUUCCUUGCACCCUACCAACGCAGCCAGGUGCUCAAGAAAGUCAAACAGAUAUAUGGCAGCGUCUCAUCCUUCACCCAGUCUGUGAUCUCACAGCUGGGUGGAAUAGCGAUAGAGCUGUCAAUAGAGGAGCUGAGCAGCCUACGACUGACUGAGCGAAGGAGCAUCGCUGCUAUGGGUGCCAUCAGUGCCUGGAGCAACAGACAGCUGGCUGCACUGUUUACCACCGUGUUAAACUCCACCAAGCAGAGUCCAAGCCAGCUCGACUCGAGCACACUGGUGGCAAUGGGAUACUUUGUGUGUGGAGCUAAAACCACAGAGAUGAAUUCUUUCAACGCUGUAGAGUUCAGUAAGGCGGUGCUCUGGCUGGGUCAGCUGAGGUUGUCCUGCUCAGAGGAGCAGCUGCUGGUUCUCAUUGGGCUGCUGACCCACAGGCUUGCCUUUGGACCCAUAAGUUCAUGGGGAACUGAUGUCUUCAUUGAGAUCGGAGUUCUGGCAGCUGGCCUCCCAGACAUCGCUAUGUCAGCUUUGGUGAAAGAGCAAAUCGAAGGAAUCACACCUGUGGCUAUCUCAAUGAUACCACCUGAUAAGUUUGCUGUGGUGUUUCACCAGAGACAGAUCAGCAUGUUCUCCUAUGAGCAGGCUGCAGCAGUAACUGAUGAGCAGCUCUCUGCUCUGUCAGAUGUUCAGAGGACAGCUCUGGCUAUGGUGCUGACACCCUGGGAGGACAGGCCUGUAGACUUCAGAGGGAAGUCACUGGGGCUGGCACUGAGCCACAGUCCUCUGUGUCUCAUACUGGGACUGCUGAUGCUGCCGAUCGUCCUGCCCUACCCUGGCACAUGACCCCACUCACCCCAGGUGGAUCAGGAGACACCUCCUCAACCAAGAAAAGCUCAUUUAUCUGUGCAAUACCAUACCUCUUUGAAAUAAGCAGCACUUACUUCAGGAUUGCUAUAUAUGUAUUUAAUUAGAUUGUAAUAUAUUUUGUGCAACUAUUACUUUGACAUGUCAACAUUCAGCACUGAAAGAACCAAAUUAAUAGUUUAAUUCAGUGAGGAAACAACAACACAUUUUCACAGUAUAUCCACCAAGUCAACCAACACCAACAGAAUUAUUGUCAUUACACUUGGCUUAUUUAUUUAUUUAUUUAUUGAUAAACCUAUCUGAAGCCCUCCUGUCUCGAUGUAUCCUUCUCAGGGAUGUGACGCCAUACCCAGAAAAGCAAAUCAAACACUUAAAAGAUUUAACUAUAGUUAUUAUACAGUUAUUAUGAGCAAAUCAACGUUGUGUUGCAAACCUAUAAAGUUAGAUAUUUUUGUGAAAUUAUAUAAUAUUUUUGUCAGAGUAAGAGCUGUAAUGUUUGCUACAUUUAUAUAUCUAUCGUGAGUUAUCUUGAUUAGAUAGCAGGUACAUAAUGCUCAGUAUGGCCUGAUUGUAUUAUUAUUGGUCAACUUCAGUAUAUUUUUGUGUGAGUUUUGUGUUGUUGUGCACACUUUCUGGUGUGAUAAAUAUAGUCCUAAAUUAUUAAACUGAACCAGUCUGCCUCU